GCUCUUUUAUGUUAAGACUGAAAUUACAAUAAAUUGUUUGUUCUGAAAAUCAUAUCAGUUAUUAUUUUCAAACCACGUAUUUUUCUUUAUUGUAGCAGAGCGUGGUUCUGUGGAAAUAACAGAAGACUGAAGGAAGUGAUUAUACAACUGUUAAAAUUAAGUUAAGUAAUUUGGAAGUUAUAAAACUUCAUCUUCAAAAUGGGUUCAAAUUUGUCUAAUUUGGAAAAACUAGUCGGAAGAGAAAAUUUUACCACUUGGAAAUUCACUAUGAAAAUAUAUUUACAGCAUGAGGAUUUGUGGUGUUGUAUCGAACCGUCUGAUAACAAACCAAUUGAAGCAAGUAAGGAUGUAAAGGCCAAAGCCAAGUUGAUUCUACUUCUGGACCCUCAAAAUUAUGUUCAUGUUCAAGAUUGUUCAACUGAAAAAGAGGUAUGGGAAUGUUUAUAACAAGCUUUUGAUGAUAAAGGACUCACACGAAGAGUUGGCUUACUAAAAGACUUGAUAAAUACUAAAUACUACAUUGGAAUCUAGUAAUAGUGUUGAAGAAUAUGUGAGCAAGAUCAUGAAUACUGCUCACAAGCUGUGUAACAUUGAUUUUGACGUAAACGAUGAAUGGGUUGGUACUUUGAUGCUGACAGGCUUACCAGAUGAAUACAAGCCCAUGAUUAUGGAGCUUGAAAGCUCGGGCAUUAAAAUAAGUGUUGAUUCAGUUAAGUCUAAGUUAAUACAAUAAAUUAGUACAUCAAAGUCAACAGUCUUUUAUACAAAUUAUAAGAAAUCCAGAAGUAAUACUCAGCAAGUUAAAAACAGAGGACCAAAAUGCUAUAAUUGCAAUAAAUAUGGUCAUUUUGCUAAACUAUGCAAACAACCAAAGAAGUUAGCAAAUAAAGGAGAAGGUUCAAGUUUUGUAGCUGCUUUCCCAGUAACUGUUAAACAAAAUGUGAGUGAUAAAUGGCUAAUAGACUCAGGAGCAUCUUUGCACAUGACUUGCAGAGAUGACUGGUUGUAUAAUGUCACUGAGCCAACUGUGAAAAGUGUUACUGUGGCAAACAGAGAGCCAUUAACUGUAAAAGGAGUUGGAUGUGUGGACAUUCAAAUAAAUCAGAAAGAUAAAAUACAAGUUAAAAAUGUACUGUUUGUUCCUGGUUUAGCUGGCAAUCUCCUUUCAGUCAGCACAAUCGUGAAGAAAGGGCAUAAUGUUAUAUUUUAUGACAAGGGAUGUGGCAUUCAGUAUGCUAAAGGAAAGGUUAUCUGUAAUGCAGUAUUAAAAAAUAACCUAUACGUUAUGAACAUAAGUGGAGAAGAGGUUCAUCUAACUUCAAUGACAUGAAUAACUAUGAAUUCUAAUGACACUUAUCUGUGGCAUCUGCGAAUGGGACACUUGAAUUUUUCAGAUAUUAAGAAACUGCCAAAUUGUGUUGAAGGUGUGCUUUGACUUCAGACAAAGGUAUUUGGCUACCCAUUAAAUUAGUAAUUGUGUAAAUGGAUAUUAAAUAAAAUUGUUUGUUUUGAUUUUAAUGAUUUCUAGUGGUUUCUGAAGAAACAACAGUUUAAUGUAAGAGUUACGAUGGUCAUCAAAUUUAUAUUGGACAUGCGUGUACUUUCUACAGGGAGUAAAUAAAAAGUAACUUCUAAUGAUGAAACGAAAUUGUAUAUUAUGCUUGGGUUUCCAGAAAACCCAUAUGAUUCUAGUAGAAAGCAGCUCCAUUUUUCAACAUUAGCCACAUAUCAAUUUUUCGAAUAUUGAUGGAAAAUAAAAUGCGUCCGUAUGAAAUGAUACCAACUCAGGAAGACUAUGUCGUUAGGAAUAAUGGUACAAAAGCAGUAAAAAAUAUGGAUAAUAUUGAUAUAUCUACCUCUCCAGGAAAAGGAAGCUCGUCAUUUAAAGAAUGUAAAACUAACGACAAAACAAACGUAUCUUAUAGAAACACUGAAAAUAACAAGGUAAAAGAAAAUUUGUUAUAUAAUAGAGCAGCUACAGUAGAUCGUAUACAAAUAAACAAGAAUAGACUAUCCACAUUAACUCUAAAUACUGAUAGUGAUGGUAGAUUUAUUCAAAAUAAUUUUGGGAACGAUGUCAAUCCAAAAGAAUCUCAUCAGGGAAGUAAAAAUAAACGCCCCAUAAUGGGAAAAACGGCCUUGUUGAGAAAUAGCAGUGUGGAAUCAAAUGAUUCUGCAAUCAUUCAAAGUAUUAUACUAAAUAAAUAUGAAAAUAUUUUAAAUUACUAUGUAAGUAGAAUGUACACACGCAGGAUUUCAAGAAUAAGUAAUAAUUCUGAAGAAGAAACAGUGGCAAAUACAAAUAGCGAUGAGUGUGGAUCAAUAAAUACAUUGGACGGAUAUUCGUUCAUAAAAAAAGAUUUAAUAGGAUCCGCUGAUUUUAAUAUCGAAUUUACACAAGAUAUCUCGAACGAUUCGAAUUCUUCUGAAGUAGAUGUUAUUUCUUCUUGUUCUGAAUACGACCCAAGAAGUUUUUUGGUCGAAGCACUUGGAGACGCAGCUAGUUUGAAUGAACUAAGUGCGUGUAACUGUGACUCAAACAUGGAAGCAUGUGAAGAAAGCAUUGGGACUUCAGGAAUAUCUUCUUUAUUAUCAACUACCUCUAUCGGAUCUUCUUUAAAACGAAUUUUGAAACGUAAUAAGUCAAAAUGGACGUCUCGUAGUGAUGUUACCAAAAAUGAAGAGAUUAUAUUUGAUGAAAAUAAGGAUUGUCCAUCGCCUGAAAAACCUAUUUCCACUCUGGAUCAAUAUAAGUUGGAAUUAUCAAAACAACAUUCUAUUAUAUUUCAAACGUCUAAAGCUCUCAGUUACUGUAAGAGUUCAAAGAACUUCAUCGUUGGAAGAGAACGAAUAGAAGCAGAAAGAAUUUUACUUAUUGCGACUAUAACAAAACAAGCACUCGUAAAUGAAAUAAAUGUAAUAGAAUUUGAAUCAUAUGUCUCAGCUGCCGAUAGUAGAUGCACAGGAGAAAUACUGUUAUCAGAUGUUACUUUCACUCAAAACAAAGAAACGACCUCGAAAAAAUUCACAGAUUGUCAAGAAUAUUUUAUAGUCGUUCUGAAAAGUGGAAAAUACGUUUUAGAUAGUGGGAUCAUUGAAGAUAUGGAUAGAACCGUUAGUGUACCAAAAACAUUCAAAUUUUCAAAAUUACAUCAAGAUUUCGACAUUACUAUUGCCGUCUACUCUUUACUAAUAGUUGAUGAAAACUGUGUAUAUCAGAAUGGUAAAUGCCCAUCUCCGAGAAGUAUCAUACGAUGCAACAAAAAUCUGAAAAGCAAUCCAAGGAAUACCUUUAUCCAAACAGAAAAUACUGCUUUCAAUCUAAUUGGUAAAUGCAACAUACGACAUUCAGACUUACGAAAAAUUAGUGAUGAUGGAAAUCUGCAUGUAAAAUGGGAUUAUAUUUGUUCCAAUAAUCCUCUUCAACCAUUCUUCGAUGUGAACGUCCAAUAUACUUAUAAAUUAACCAAUAAACUAACUGGAUUUCUCACAGUUGGAAUAGAAAACGGCGUAAUAACUUGGAAUAGAAGAUGGUGCAUAUUGGAUGGAUUUAUUUUACAAUACUGGAAUUACCCAUCUGAAGAAUCAACUGUUCCCAUUGACGUUGUAGAUUUGAGAUAUUGCACGGAACUCAAGAUAACAUUCGCCGAUAGAAGCGCUUGUGCUCGACCGAGAACACUGUAUUUGCCUUUGCGGGAUUAUCUAGAUAUUAAAAAAUAUUUUAUUUCUGCUGAUAAUUUAUCAGAUCUGAAAGCAUGGGAAAGUGAACUGAACUUCGUUGUUCAAUCACUUCUAAGUUGGAAUGGUUUGAAAAAUAAUAUGUAUUCCUAGAAAUUAUUUUUUUUAUUUACUGAUUAGUUGUGUUAUUUUGUUUGUUAAUAGAUUUCACUGUUUUUUAUAUAGUUUCAAAUACUGGAUUAGUUUUAUAUAUGGGAUAACUCCCAUAUACUUAUUACAUAUUAAACAUUUGAAACGAAGUGACACUAUGCGAUAAUUUGUAGAAAUUUUAUUCAUCUUAACAUAUUAACGACCGAAUUAUGAUUAUUUGGUAAAUAAUACAAAAAUGUUUUGAUUCGUAGUGUAUAGUGUAUCAGCUGUAAUACAGAGUUAUAGUUUUAGCGAAAACCAAUGGAUAUGAGAUAAAAGUCUUUACAUUUAUGAAACACUAGGAUAAUGUGCAACUUUUUAGAAUCAGAAUUGACAAAUUCACUUCGUUUAGGUGAAUAGAUUUUCAUAAGAAAUUAUAAUUUUUGACAAUCACAAUCUUGUAGAUAUUAUAUUUAGCAGCUCGUAGACUACCAUAUAUAUUGAAUCAAAUAUCGCUAUAGUCGUAAUACUAUCUUUAAGUUGCCUUUCAACAAUGUGAGUAAUAUUUUUGAAACAAAGCGUUAUCAGGAUGUAUUUGUUAACCAACAAAAUUGAGUUAUAAUGUAAUUUGAAACAAAAUUAUGAAACAUGGAUAUGAACUAUUGUACCAUUCAGAAAUAUUUUCAUUUUAAUUAAUAAAAACUUUUUGGCAUAGUAGCAUUAUCGUUUUUAAAGUGUGUUAUGUAAUAAAACGUUUAUUAUACAAUCUGUUAUUUUUUAUUUAGGGUUAUUUGUGACUCAAUACGAUUAGUUGUUUGUAUCAAAUAAAGAACUUUUGAC